AUGGUUGCCUCCGGUCUGCCUUCAACCCCAGUGGUAUGUUGGGGAGACUGCUUAUAUGGAGGCUUCGCAGCUUUCGCGAGUAGUUUUUAUGAGCAGGGGCUGCUUCAUUUUACAGUGUAGGAGGUCUUUACGAAAUCGGCGAAGGUCGUUUGGUGACCUGUCCUCGGCAAUGCUAAAAGAAUAGUCACACAAAGAAUUCACAGUUGUAUCCGCGCCACCACGUUGGCCGUUUCGUGGUCCUUACCCAGAGUUGUGAUAGAAUCAUCUUCAAGCAAAUAAAGCGCGACAGGACUGUUCGGCGUAAACUUGGGGGAUAAACGUUUCAUGAUAAAGCAUACAAAAACGUCAUGGGAGAUGGAAAGUCGAAGUGAAAGAGACAGAGUCCGUAAGUCGGGCUUCCCGCGGCAGGAGACACGGUUGCACUAAAGUCGCGCUUCAACAGUUAUACAAUCCAACGAUGGCGGCAUCGAAGGAUAAAGAAAGGAGUCACAGGAGCUUCUUUACCGCCUCGGCCGGUCUGAAAAGUUUUUUCAGAGGCAGCUGUUGCUCGGAGAUAUUUUCGGAUUUGUCUAAUGGAUUCUGGUUAGUGUAGUGUGAUCGUUGUCGUAGAAUCGGGCGAAGGGGUUGGUACACAAUAAAUAACCCGAAAUGAUAUCUAAUAUGUCCCUUUGGGGAAAAUUACCGAUAGUGAAUGAUAUACCUCCUUUCGUCUUAAUGACAUGCAACGUUUUCUGUGCUUCGAAAGUGCGAUUUUUGCAGAUUAAGUAGAAUCAGGAUUCUACAUGACGUACUGGCCAAUAAAAUCCACGUGAAUUCAGUCUUGGUUACGCCGACAUUUCUGGCCGAAUUGCAUAACCUCACAUAAUCUUUGCCGUUGCAUAGACGACGCCCUAUAAAACAGGAUAUAAUUAGCAUACGAGUAGCUGCAUUGUUUUCAACUCUCGACUUGAUGCUGUGCGUCGAAUAAAGUUUCUUGUCCUCAUAAUCUUCUAAUAUAUUUGCUGUGGCCACAGGAUUACCGCGUGGAGCCGAUUCAUUUAAGCAUACUUUGUUCAAACAGGCACUCGAUACCACAAUGUCCAUAAUUUCGGAAUAAAGUCAAUAAAAUUACUCACUAUGUUAUGUGAAAUGGGAAAGAAUGUCCUUUUUAACAUUAGUUCCUAGUUGUUUUUCCACAAAACUUACUCGAAGUUAUGCUAUUAAUAAAAUACAGACCAGUGUGAAAAAGGCACCUCCGUUGCAGCUGGAUACAAGGAUGCCAGGAAGGAAGGCAGUUAUACGAUACCGCUUGCCACUUACUUAAGAUACAGAUCUCUUUGAGAUUUACACCAAAAUGGGUAGUUGGUUCGGCGUUGUAGUUUGUAUUAUGUUUUUUUGUUUAAGGACGAGGUUCAAGCUUUGAAAGCGGAGGGGUUAAUGUUUCGAUCAUGCAAACACAACUAAGCCGGCAUAAUCUGUACAAUAAUAAGCCACUGAAAUAUUUAAGCCGAACUUAAAUCGCAUUAAACACAAUGCGGAAAAAUCUACGCUGGCGUAUGUUACGAACGUCUCUUCAUGUAUACUAAAAGAAUUCUCUAGUUCACGCGUCAGCGGAUAGCUCAAUGAUAUGCUGCACAGCAACAAUUAUUGGAAAAGUACGUACUUCGUGAAACUCUACCGCUUAAUCUUCCAAUUACUACGCGAGAAGGUUUAAACGGACCUGUAAAAACAAGGGUUAUUAAUUUUGUAGGGUCAAAUCAGCCGAUUCUAAUCACAGCGAUGGUAAACCGGCUAAAACUACUAAUAUUUGCGGUCAUAGAGGCCUCUGUACACAACUCUCGUUGACCAACAGAUCUAAGGGCUCACACUCCGGUCUGAUGUUUGAGUGCUUUAUUCAGUCCUCAGAUGCAAAUGGAGUGAAACAGUAUAGGAGAAGAUGAGCUUGGGAACAGAAACAAACUAAAUUAAAACAACCAGACACAAGAAGCUCGAACCUCAUCCCCGACAAUUCAUCUAAACAGCUAACAGAUUGGCAGUUACGAGCACUACGGUAUGAAGCUUGUUUCAACUCCGCAGAUGUCAAGUAGAUCGAACGCAUUACAACCCUCUGAGCUAGGUUUUUGAGGAAUGAAACAACCAGCGAUAGCAUGUUGCCCUCUUUGCUGAUGACGCUCAGACCAAACUAAUGUGUUUCUCAUAGUCAGUCAAAAGCUACGAGGGAACUGAGGAAGGACAACAACACAUCACCCUGCCAACUGACAGGGGACGGAUAACCGUCUUGAUGAACCGAGAAAACUAUGAUGAGAGGGCUUAGGCUCUUCUUGAUGGCCACAGUUUACAUACUAACACAGAACUCACAAGCCAGAGCAAUAGCAAAUCGGCCGAAUGAACUGUGCAAAAACGCGAUCACGGAGAACGAAUGGCAGCAAAUGAAAGCGACCGAGAUUGCUCUGGCCCGAUUCUGUAUUCUGCCAAAAAUCCACAUACCAAGUCUCUCACUGUGGCCAAUCGUGCCACAAGGCGUAACUCGAUCUAUAAUUUCCCAAAAUAAAUGUGGUCAAAGGGAAAUUUUUUCAAGGCAAUUCGACCACCUCCGUUCGAAUAGCCUCUCAUUUCCUCGUAAACCUCCGAGGUCGGAUGAUUCAGUCGGACGAGACCACAGUCUCUCUCUGUUGGGCGUCGUUAUUCACAUCCAUCCCAUCGAAUUUGGCUGAAGAAUUCUUGUGCAAGAGACUUGAAGAGGCAUAAAACGAUACUCGGGGUCAACUAAAAAUUAGGCACUUCAUAGGUUGUUUGAAUUCUGUCAACAAACCUGCUUCACUUUUGCUGGAGUGACCUAUAAGCAGAUCAGGGGAACUCCAGUGGGCUUACUGGUUUCCGGUUUUGUGACAGAACGGGUCCUACAAGAGCUCGAAAAGAUUGCCUUCGCUCAGCAUACGCCACUAUUUUGGCGCCGUUACGUAGACGACAUGUUUGUUAUCAUUAAAAGGAAGAUGUUUCAAAAUUUCCACAACCUGCUCAACACGGUCUUCCUUAAUAUCAAAUUUACUAGAAAGGAAGAACAGGAGCAACUGUUGCCCUUCCUUGAUGUGCUCACAGACGAAAUCUUGGCGGCGAAAUUGAAACAAUGUUUGAUAGGAAGGUAAGGAACACCACACAGCCUCUCAACUUUCACAGCAACCAUUCGGUGGCUUACAAACGAUGCUGUGUGAGAACACUUUUCAAACAGAUCCAGACUCGUUGCAGCAAGCCGGAGCAAACGGCACGUGAGGCCCAUUACCUCCACGAUUAAUUUAUGCGAAAUGGCCACCCGAAGGCAUAUAUAUGAUGCUGCCUACGCGGUCGCUCUUGAAGGACUCAAACAGCAACGUUGCAAAGCAUAUGGCACUCUCUGCCUUACAGUAAGGGCGUUAGACAAGCGACCGUGUGCACUGCUGCGGAACUAGAUGUUGGAGUUGCACGCCGGCCCAGAGACAACAUGCGCAGCAAGGUCACGAAAAUCAAAGACUGAUUAAGUCCCGAAGAGCAAUCUGCGGUACUGUGCCGCAUCCCCAGCGUAGACGGUGUGAAAGGACAACGAAUUAUCUCAAGUCCCUGCUCAUAGGGUCAUGAGUUCAACUUCUCAGCCGCCAAGAUAAUGGUCCAAGUCGGAAACAAGUCUAGGUUAGAGUUGAAUGAGGCCUGGAUUUUAGAAGAGAACUCAGCCAAUCGAUGUGCUGAGCUGGCGCCAGCACCCAGAACCUUGCGCAGUCAAUUCUAGACCUGUGCGCGUGAUCGCUGAUUGACUGGUACCCCCUACAAUUGUCGUUUGCUCUGUCACUGCUACUACUUUUGACGAGGGACUCCUGAGAGUAUUCGAGAGCUCAGGAUAAUAAACAAAUUGCUCCAGUACUGGACAAGUCUUCUUUCUCACUCACAAAUAUACACGCAGCUCGGAAGUCCGCCUCCAUGCCUGACAACUAAUUCACUUAAUAAAUCGUGUGGAAAUGAGCUAGCAAGUAGGACGCACUCUUUAUUUUAAAACCGGACAACAAAACCGUCAAAGUGUUCCCUCUUCCCGAUCGCAGUCCAUAAAAUUGCGCAAGCUCCACAAUUCAGCCUAAAGUCUUGUCAAGCAGUUUGUCGACACCCGUUUAAUUUAUGGAAAUAUAAAUGGCCCAGAGGCCAGUACUGGCGUAAGAGGCACAUUUUGAUUUGCCCACUGCCAGCCCUCGAUGCAUAUGCCGCUCCAGGGAAGACAGACAAAAUGCAGUCGGGUGACUUGGUGAGCUUGGUGUGUGGUCUUCCCUAUUAUGAGGUCUAUACUCAUAAAUUCUAGACUUAAAAAUCCAUUUUCUUCUUUGCUUGAAGGCCAUAAAUUCAUUGUUUGACAAUGUCGACAGUAAAAUCAGCUUUGACCAAGGAAAAUGGUGUAGUAAUUAAGAUAUAUGCAGUUAGACUGAUUAUCUGCUCUAUUACCAACAUGUUGGUCCGCUGUCAGGCCUCUGAUUGGAGGCGUCAGCAAAAAGGAGAUUUUUAAGUCUACGUAACAGCAGGUAUGAAUAAAUGCAAGGCCUACCACAAGGUCAUAAUUAAUUUGCAAAAUUUCCCUGUCGACUGUAUGUAAAACAAAAACACUUCCCCUCCUCGUCCGAUACUUUGCAAUUUUUGAGUCCGAUUUGCCUGAUGAGGGAACUCGUCUACAAAUCGUACAGUAUGGUACGAAAAACUUCUAAAGAUAUAGACAAGCAGAUCCCCCAUACUCCUCUGUUUUGUAAGUGUAACCAAACAACAACCACGAAACGGACAUUUCUUUCGAAUACUUUUACUAACAAAGUAACCUCCACUGGUCACUUAGUAACUCGCAUCACGCUCUUGCGUUAGGGAUAGGAAACUGUAUUCGGCAAUGACCCACAUCGCAGGCUGCGCCACAGAUCAUUUGAAUCAACACGAGUGAUCAGACUGGCUCACGGCGGGCGUUUAUCUGGUUGCCCCGAGUCCGCAGUAGACCAUAAUCAUCGCUGUACAUGCGGGAUGUGGCACGCCUCAGCCACAGGCCUUCAUGACUCGCUAACCACGGCGCUUAUCCCAUCGGCAGUUGUUUGAAAGGAAGAAAAUUGGGGUCUACACUGGGAAAAUCCAUUUCCAGCGCCCAUCAGCACAUCCCUCGCUAGAAUAAAUCUGACGCGCUUGGAUUUGUCCUGCAGGGCUAACAGUCGUGGCAUAAAAGACUGCAAACUAACGGGAUAUCUUGGACUUCCCUAGGGCUGAAAUUCAGGCUGCAGUGGCACCUUCUUAGUGUGGCUCCUAUGGCACUCUCACCCAUGUGAGAUCCGAGUUGCUGGUACAGAAGUCCAGUACAUGCUGUGGGUGCCAAAUCCGGUGUGGCACUCGUUGACGAGCUCUGUAGCUUUGCCAGCCACUGCGUCGACGCACACCUCUGGCCGUCUUUACUAAGUGCCGCCAUCGUGGCAUGGUGGGUGACAGAGUAGAGAGUGCAACAGUUGCUACGCAAGCCUGUCUCACUAGGAAAUAAUUCGUGCGCCCACUCCGUGGGGCAGGUGGUAGGUAUCGUCGCUUCCAUCGGUCGAGAAGGAGAUGAGUGAAUCUUGCAACUAGUUUAAAGUACGUGGACAUGGGCGCAGUGAUCUUUUCCUGCGAAGAAAACUCAUGAAAUCCUGGCUCAGAUAAUUGGGAAUACCUUGAAAUGAGAGCGAUCACUAAAUGCUGGGCCAGUGGUAAAUAUCAUUUUGCACAGCUCAAAUCUUGUUCCCACGGGGUGUCACACUGACAUUUAAUUGACCAUCUUCUCGACCACCUGCAUAAAUGAUACCCGGAGAAAAGUGCGCUUGUAGUUUAUGCCUUUUAGUUCAUUUUCGAUGGUGGUGUUGACUGAGGAAUGUCUCCUAAAAUGAUGCCCUUGAGUUUUGACCCUUAAGAUUAGUUUUUUAAAACGUAUUCCCCAAUAAAAUACUUCCCAUCAUGGAAGUCUAUGUCUAGCUCUCAAGAGUAUGCUGACCCCUCAUAUUUUUGAACGGCUUACGUUUUCACUUAGGCAUAUGGUUGGAAAACUGCACGCUAUUUAAAUUUCCCAAUGAAAAAAUGCUAUAUCUCCUCAUGCAUAAGUGAAGGGGACUUCUAGAGCUCACGGAUUAGAGUACUCGAGUGAACCACUCUGAAUAGUCUGACGACGGCAUCCGUAAUCCGGAGCGCAUGGGGAUAACUGAGUAAGUUACUGAGUGUUUUAGAAAGGCUCAUGUAUUCAAACUAGCUAAAAACUGAAACACCUCCUGUUUGAGUUAAAAAUGUGAAGAAAACAUCGGUCUCUUUAAAACGAGUUUAGGAAUUGGAUUUUGGGUGCAUUUUUUCAAAGUAAAACGAAUGACUCAAUACAAUUUCUGGAAGGCGAUAAGAGGAUUAUGUCUUUUUAAGGGUGUUUUCUUCAAAUUGUUGAGAGGACGCUCGAUUAAAAGUCGGUGUUUUAUGCCAGUUAAUAUUAGAGGAUCCUUAAGUUGAAUUAUCGUCCUAAAUUAUAAUUCAAGGUAUGAGUUGGCGUUUCAUGAGUUCCUGCGCAUGUUGUUUGCGGGUAAAGGACGCUCUCGGGCCUCCAAUCGGUUUGCUUGUGAUUUGGGGUGAUCGUAAUCACCUGUGAAACUGUAUUGAAAAUUCAUGCAACGCUCUUCUAUAACCUAUUCACACCAAAAUUAUGAGCUAACAAUGAAGAAGAUGCUUUAACUAGGAACCAAUCGCCUAAUAUGCUCAUUACACUGAAGACCGACUUUGGCUAAUUUAUGACUAUUGAAAUUCGCCGACACUGAAAGCAACCAUUUUUGGUGACUAGAAAGACUAUCGGCUACCCAGUGAGUAUUUUCCAGCAACCGCAGUUUGUCGAGUCAGUCAAACACGUCCGUCGGCAAACAGGUCCGUCACCGCCCUCCUGUUCACAGUUGGCCGGCCUCUUGACCUCAUUUACUAAUGAAAAUCAGCUGUCGUGGUCCUACUAGGGCACUCCUCUGGGGAGUGUAUGUUACCUUUGCUUGACCCAUAAAUGACUGUUGAGUCGCCGGCUAAUGGUUUUGUCCCCAAGCGCUUGGGGGUGGACGCGCUUUGGUCCUGUUUUGUUUAAUGAUGGACGCGUCCAGACCCUGGGACAAACACCAACGUGGAAACGCAAACAAGUCAUGACUGACCCCUUUUAGGGUCAUCGGGGCCUCUGUCUUAAAAAUGCAUAUGAUACAAAACACACAGAUCUUGCGUGGACAGUGCACCAGGAAACCGGAACCAGUUUCUAUUUUAAGCUCUCUUAUGACAUCUAGCGAACAAAAAUACUUUUGUUCUAUCGCAAACCCGCUUGUUGAUUUAACUUCAGUCCACUAGAACCAAAUAUGACAGUACAUAUCCAUGCAAACCGUAUAUGUGAUGAACAUUCAGUGUGACGACAGGGCUACAAAAAGGCCAAUGACUGCGAUUUAGUUGUAAAAAGGAAGAAAUUAAGCGGUACUAGGAAAGAAUGUGGUUAAAAAUUGCCUUCUUUGUUGACCAAGUAUUUUUGCCUUAUCCCGAGGGUUUUAUCAAUAUUUACUAACCAAAUACCUGUAGAAAUGUAGAUCUUCAGUCUAAAAGUUGUCCGUCUUUAGGGAGAAAUCUUACUGGGGGGCUAGAUGAAGAAACUGGACGCUAAUGUUGCCGAAUAAUAAUGAUCGAAUAAGCUUACUCUACCUUGCCAAGUCCGUCUGUAGUACAGUCAUAAGGCAUCCCGAUCUAGGUCUGACUUCCCCUGCUGCAGCACAACGUAUAGUAAAUUGGCACGGAGCAAUCAGACGAACCGCAGUUAAAGCUUUUUGUAACAUACAGCUGGAGUUCCAGAAGUGUGCAUUUUUGCUUUAGAGAAUCCGCAAAAUUUGGGUUUGCUCGGUUUUAUUGAUUCACCGCUUACGUUUGUUGUCGUGUAAAUGGUCACAUCUAGUUAAGACUGACACUUUCUUAAGUUCCAUUUGCAGAAUAAAGCCUAAUCAUGCAAAUACCUAAAUGACAAGCCUUAGGAAUUACAACCGAUCAAUCAGCCAGUUCGUUUGACAUGUGUUUCAAAUUCGCAUAGUAGCCUUGCUUUUAGGGUGGAGUGUGAGCCCAAAGCGUUCACUUUAAAAUUUAACACUGUUUAACUUCGUAGACAACCUUAACGUCAGAAAAGGACUCCGACAAUCUUUCCCCGUCAGUUGUGAACUCCCGAACAAAUAUUCCCUCAUUCAUAUUCAUCCUGAGAUCUUUUAAAUAAAAUUCAGGACUUAUUUUACUUCGUCCUACACAUUAAUCAUCGGAGAGAGGAACGCUUAGCGCGUGCCCCAGUCGCUGUUUCGCGAAUAAUUUGGUUUUUUUGGUGAAACUUUCGCCCAAGAUGCAAAACGUCGACGACGCUGGAUUAAAAAAAAUGUUUUUGAUACGGCGAAUAAAAAGCCAGGACGAAAAUAAGCACAGCCCUGUGAACGCUUCUGCUUAUACCGUUUUCUCUCUCUGGAAUCAUGCCUUUGCUACCAUAAAAUAAUUCUUGAUUGAGAUGACUUCAGAAAUCCCCAAUGUAUGAAGUUAUUUGGGAAUUAUUGCGCGAUUGUCGCAUAGCCUGUAUUUCAGGAAUGUGUAAUAGUCCAAAUUAUUCAGUUUAUCAUUUUUGACUAUAGAAUCACCGAGAUUUGGGGGAGGUCGAUCCAACACCAGAUGCCUGGUGAGGAACAGAUAGAUUGGGGCUUUGCAUAUGAGCCUGAAAUCUGUAUGCCCCAUGCGGUUGGGGGGGCUUUGUUCAUCAAAAGAGUCCACAUCCUUAUUGUUUGUGAAGACUUGGCAAACAGCUAAGGAGUUAAACAAUCCAUAUUUACGCUGAUGAGAUGCAGUUUUAGCGCAAUUGAUUUGCUUAGAUGUCUUCUUUCAAGAAAUAAUUCAAGUACUCCUGAACUAGCACUAAACUUUAGCUUUAUUAUUUGGUCACAAUAACAGUGUUGUCCGUGAUGUUUCCAACCAUUUCACACUUUCGACUGAUUUCUCUGGCAUAAUUUCAAAGGCUAAAAUCGAUUAAAUCAAGAAACGUACUAAGCUGAGGAAUUUUUGUUAUAUCCAAUGCCAGUAAACGCCACUCUUAGCAUAAGUCAGUAAGCAAACUUACAGAAAUGCACUGUUUAUGCAAGGUAAUACAAGAAAGCUGCAGCAUAACAGGGGUGACCGUAAAAUAGAAAGGUCCCUGAGAAACCGCAGCCAGUCAAUCACGCUACACUUUCAGCACCAAAUAAACAUAUAUUUUUAAAGGGACAUUGAAGAUCCAGGGUCUUUUUAUCAGGCUUUGCACUCCUUGAGUCUAAAAACUUCCUCUAUUUUUUGCUACGAAACAUACUGCAACUAAAACAUGGACAGAAUAACCCACGAGGUCCGAGAUAUUGACAAGGAAAACUGUAAAAAUCACUUGAACAUGAGGAAUUUUCUUUCCGGAAUAAAAUUCCACAGUUAUGUCAUAAAUUUUAGUUUUGAAACUCACGUGCUAUCAAAAAUUGCAAGUACAGCCGUUUUCAGUACGACCUGCUGUACGCAUGGCAACAUAUGGCAGCAUUUCGCAAAAAAGUCAUAAAAAUCUGUAUAAUAUUUCGAUUAUCCAAGAUUUCUUCUACCCGAAUAGCAAAAUAAUGAAUGCAAUAGUUACCAGAAUGCCUAUGAUGGCAGAAUGCGCAGCCAAGUAGAUCUCAAACUGUUAGUCGGCCCUUGUUUUUGAAAUAGCCGAAAUAUUUCCAUUCUGUAUGUUAUUAAAAGCACAGACUGAAAAACUCGAACACUGUGUGGUUAAGAUAUUUUUGCGUUUACCUGCUUAAUCGGUGAAAUAACCGAUUAAAUUUGAUGACUGAAAUCUAAAUCAUCGGUGGAGACUUUGAACUCUCUGUUCUUUGUUAAACAGUAUGGUGCGGUACAUAAAAGUCCUUUUUUGAGCAAAAUAUACUUCCGAGUUAUUUGGUUGAGAUAAGCAGAACAGUUUUGGUAAACGGUGAUAUUUAUUGAUGCGCCGGUGAUUUGCUGUGCUAAUAGCUGUUGGGUGAAGCUCCUGCGUACCUACAGGUCUUUAUGAAAUGCCACAGUUAUCAAAAUGACAAAAUAUUAUGGGACAGUCGUCGGCAAAUCGAAAGGUAACAGCACAGUCUCCUUAAAUUAGGUGAAGCAAGACUUGAAUAACCGUGCUGAGGUAAAAUAAAAAAGCUGCUAUGUGACCAUAUGAAAUUAUGCUACUUAUAGCACGGAAAUGAUUGCAACGGAAAAUAUUUUGUUUAGCUUACCCCUGAAUUCUAGGCACUUGCGAAUAUUCCAGAAGUAAACGUGAUACAGCUAACGACGUCUCUUCUAGUCUUAAUUUCUUUUCGUCUGUAUGAUCUUUUAAUACGGUUGAUUCUCAGACAGUCAUUCUCUGACAAAUGUAUGCUCAUGGUUGCAUUUCCUAUAUUCUCGCGCCUCUAAAAACAGGCUAUGUUGUAGGUGUGCGGAACCAAAAGAGAGCCAAUUACUGAUGACGUACGUUUGUAGCGCUGCGUCAGGUCUGCGCAAGCCGUUACGUACUGCCGCGACAGUUGAACUGUCGAUUUCGACUAUGUCCACCGUAUACUCCACAGCAGGAUUAGCGCAGAGACGGGGACCUCAAGGUAAGUGACCAUCAGGUAAGUUGAAUAUUGCUUUGUUGUCGUUGCUUGCUCACCAUCUCCACUUCAGCAGUUAACUGGCUCGAAGGCUAACCAAUCUUCCAGUCGCCGCUGACGCCGCCGACUAGGACGCCUCUGUGGAGGACCGCUGGUAUCAACUGAGGAACACAGUUCAGGUGACCGCCUUUGCUGUCCGUCGCGCAAAUCGCCAACACCGGGAGUGGUUCGAAGACAAUGACGCCGCCAUCAGUAACUUACUCGCCGAGAAGAACCGACGGCAUAAAGCCUACGUCAAUUGUCUUGUUGACGACAAUAAAACAGCCUUCUACCGUAGUGGCCGCCUUGUGCAGCAGCGGCUGCGCGAAAUACAGGAGACCUGGACGGCUCGCAAGUCCGAGGAAAUACAAGAAUAUCCGGACCGGAACGAAUGGGAGAACUUCUUCAGCGUGCUCAAGGCUGGCUGCGUCUCCACAGCCAAAGGCACUGAUCCUCUUCUCAACGCCGACGGAACUACCCUACUCACUGAGAAGACUCAAGCUCUGCAACGAUGGGCCAGAGACUUCAGACGUCCUCAGCCGUCCUCCCAGCAUCUCGAACAGCGCCAUUGCCCCUUCGUCUCAAGUGAAGACCAAGACCGACCUCGACAUCGCGGCCUUCCUACACCAAACUAUCAUGGAUGUGCACCAGCUCUCCGGCGAGAAGGCGCCCGGAUCGGUCGCGACCCCUGCUGA